AUGUAUCGAUGUAUUGGUCAUCAAGCAACAGCUGUAACAAGUGGUUAUAGCAUGAAAGUUUGUUUACUUUCUAUUUUCUAUUAAUAUUAAAAUGGAACAUCGCAAAGACAAUCCUGGUGCCGUUCAAUAUGGAAACUUUAUGAAUUAUUAUCAAUUCAAUUCCGCCAGUGAGCGUGUUAAGUUGUUGCCCGACAAAAAUAUUUGGCUGCCACCGAAGCAGCAACAAGAAAUGGAAGCAAAUGAAAAUAAACCUUAUUUGGUGCUAGAUGUUGGCUGCAAUUGUGGCGUCUUUACGCAGUUGCUGCAGAGCUUUUUGGAAGAGAAGCUAAAACGGCCAGUCCAUGUGCUGGGCGUCGACAUAGACGAACGGCUCAUCCAGCGCGCUCAGCAGGAAAUCACGUGCGAUGAGAAAAUAAGCUACUUUUGCGGCGAUGUAAUGAAUGCGGGGAGUUUUGAUGAAAUCAUUGCAAACUACCUCCAGCAACAGCAGCGCACAAAAUUCGAUGCUAUUUGUUGCUACUCAAUAACCAUGUGGAUUCAUCUAAAUCAUGACGACAGCGGCUUACAGUUCUUUUUGAGUAAAUUGUCGAACCUGGCAGAGAUGUUCGUCGUGGAACCACAGCCAUGGAAAUGUUAUCAGACAGCCGAACGGCGCUUGAAGAAGGCAGGCGAAGUGUUUCCCUUGUUUUUGAAACUUGAAUGGCGCUCCAACGUGGAGCAGCAGAUUCAGAAGUAUAUGGAAAACGAGCUGGGAAGGCAUAAAAUAUUUGAAUCCACACCUACCAAAUGGCAACGAAAGAUUUGCUUCUAUCGAUGAAGCUGAAUGGAUGAUCUCUUGGAUUACAUGGAAAAGUGGCGCUACUCUUAGCAGUCACAAUAACAUUGAUGUAAUGUAAUUCUCAGCGCUCUGGACUGUUAAUUAUUGGAAACUCGCCACAGCUGGAAAAGAAUGGAGCUCGCAGCAGUGAUAACAAUCUGUCAAAUGUUUUGGUUGAUAACUGUAAUAAAAUUCGAAUGUUAAGUCGACAUUGAAAACAUAAAACAAACUAUGAAUAGCUUCAAUAAACAAAAUUAAUAUAAAUAAAUAUAUCCAUAAAUAAAUAUUACAGACAUAGCUUACUCCAGUGCUAUUAGGAAUUUAUAUGCCAAUGGCAAAGAGAUGAACCGCUUCCUAUUUAAAUAUUUGCCUAACAGAACUAUGUUAAAACAAAUCGAUGACUAUCGCAUGUACUCACCGCUCAAUUGGCGCACCGAGUAUUUAUCGAAAGUAUUGCAUAUUGUCCGACCGCCACAAUCUGUAGUGUAGACAACAACAAAUGUGUAAGCGGUUGUCCAGGAACUGCAAAAAUUUUUGCAAUAUGUUGGCGCAGGUUCAGCGAAAACCCGUGCUCGGCCACAGUUCAACGUUUGUGUCACCUGCGAAAUAAAACAUGCAUUUUAAUCACUGCAAGCAAACUAAUUAAAAGCUAAACAACCAAUCUUAAAUAUAUUUAAC